CGUGACGUCACGUCCGUGUAGGAGGAAACCCGACGUAACAAACGCAGAGACCUGCAGAUGGAGGAAAACAUCCCAGUGACGCUGGAACAUGGGAACUCCGAGUUCCACCAGAAGAACUUCCCACAGGCAGAGCAGCUGUACUCUCAGUUCAUCACUUCCUGUUUGCUCUCCAGGAAAUGUGAUGCUGCCAGUUUGGCCAAAGCUUAUAACAACCGCGGUCAGAUAAAGUACCUCCGCGUGGAUUUUCAUGAAGCGGUGGAGGAUUACACUGCUGCUAUUCAGGCUGACGGUCACUAUGAAGUACCUUUCUACAACAGAGGACUGAUCCGAUACAGACUGGGUUUCUUCGACGACGCCUUGAGUGACUUCCAGCAGGCGUUGAAGCUCAAUCCAGAGUUUGAAGAUGCCAAAGUGAGUCUGCAACAGACGCUUCUGGACCGGCAAGAGAAGACAAACCGAGGAUACUGACACUCUCAUAAACUACAGACAGCGUGUUUUAUAUGACCUGAAGUUUGGUGCUCAAAACAAAAGAUACCGUCAUUGUUUUCAUUGUUGGAUCUGAAGAUGUUUUAUCAUGUGUCACACGCACAUUGUAGCUGGAAAUCAGACGAUGGCUACAAAGCAUAACAUCCUUUGCUGUUUGUGCACAUGACAGGAGGAAGUAGACACUGGAUCAAGAGCGACGCUAAUAUGGAUUUUUAUUAAGCAGAGCAUUUUUGAUUCCUUUCCUGAGCAAUCUCCAGCCUCUUUCAGUGGGAAAAACAAUAUAAUGGCCUCAUAAAUGAAAGUAUAUCAUCGCAUAUGUCUGUGAAUGGAGAGUGCAGAUGAAUCGACCGAGCUGCAGCGGGCAAAACUACAGACGUGGGUUUUACUGUCAGUAAUAAACGUUUGUUCCCCACCUUGAAGUCACUGGGAGGAUGUUUGUGACCAUAAGCAAACAAUAUCAAAUGUUAAUACCGAUUAAUAAUGAGGAGUCUCAAAGGAAGACAAGUGUUUAUAUUGGUGCCUGAUUUUAAAGAAAGAUUCUAAUGCAGGUUUAAAACAAUCUUUUGACCCUGCAUUUUUUUUAAAUAAUCAAAUAUAUAAAUAUCUGUGGUAAAUAAUUAUUUAUAGAUCUGAAAAACUAGCCAAGUGGAUAAAAUAAUAUUUUAAUCUAUUAACUAAAAGAAAACUUAUUGGAAAGUAUUUUCGAUAAUGUAUAGAUAAUUCAAUUCUUGUUUUUUGAGAUUUGCUCAUUCGUAAUUCUGAUGUGAAUAUUAAGUUGUAUUUCAGAUCUAGACUUUUGUGAAGAAAAGUAUAUUUAUAUAUACUUUAUAUAUAUAUAUAUUUCUGAUGUUAAACACAUAUAGGUUUGUACAUAAUCAGUGAAUAAUAAAUUAUUUUUCCUGCACACA